GCCGAAGGACCUUCAAGGACAAGGACAAGCACUACCCUUUAUGGUGUUUGCAACUGUUUUCACUGCCAGCGCCGCCACACGACAACUGCUGCGACACACCCAACACAGCACACAACCAUGUCUGGGAUUGCUGUUGAGCGCUUGAUGGAAGAGCGCAAGAACUGGCGCAGCGACCACCCACACGGAUUUGCAGCCCGCCCCGCAACGAAGGAUGACGGCACCAAAGACUACAUGCUCUGGCACUGCACCAUUCCUGGGAAGGAAGGCACAUCAUGGCAGGGCGGUUUUUACAAAGUGAAGAUGAUUUUCUCCGAGGACUACCCCAUGACGCCUCCCAAAUGCCAAUUCACCCCUCCGCUGUUUCAUCCCAACGUGUACCCGUCCGGCACCAUCUGCCUCUCUCUUCUCGACGCUGAGAAGGACUGGCGUCCAGGUGUCACCAUCAAACAGAUUAAGUGA